AAGGGGAACGAGAUAUCAGUUGGGGUGGAGAGAGGAUGAAUUGGCGGCGGGGAUGAAUUUAAGUUGACGGAAGGAGGUGUUUUGAGAGGAAAAGGGAGGAAAGGAAAGGCGACCACAGUUCCCAGAGUGCUCGGGAAGUACUACAUUUCCCAAGAUGCCCCUAAAGGGGGCGUUAGGAGGGAAAAAGACUGCAAAUCCCGCGAUGCACUCCGCGGCCGGCGACGGAGAACGAACCGGAAGGCGCUCCCUAGGUUUGGGGAGUUGGACGGCUGACACAACAACCGAAAGUCCAGUAUGAAACUGUACUGCCUGUCAGGACACCCAACUUUGCCAUGCAAUGUGCUCAAAUUCAAAUCAACCACCAUUAUGCUGGAUUGUGGACUGGAUGUGACUUCUACCCUCAACUUCCUUCCUUUGCCCCUUGUUCAAAGUCCCAGGCUGUCUAAUCUCCCUGGCUGGUCCCUGAAGGAUGGAAAUGCUUUCUUGGACAAGGAGCUAAAGGAGUGCUCAGGUCACGUAUUUGUGGAUUCUGUGCCUGAAUUCUGUUUGCCUGAGACGGAGCUAAUAGACCUGUCUACAGUAGAUGUGAUUCUCAUCUCUAACUAUCACUGCAUGAUGGCGCUGCCCUACAUCACUGAGCACACAGGAUUCACGGGCACCGUCUAUGCCACCGAACCCACGGUCCAGAUCGGCAGGCUUCUCAUGGAAGAGCUGGUGAAUUUCAUUGAAAGAGUGCCAAAGGCUCAGUCUGCCUCCUUGUGGAAGAAUAAAGGAAUACAGCGACUGCUGCCUUCCCCGCUCAAGGAUGCAGUGGGAGUGUCAACCUGGAGAGGGUGCUAUACAAUGCAAGAGGUGAACUCUGCCCUGAGUAAAAUCCAGCUGGUGGGCUAUUCUCAGAAAAUUGAGCUUUUUGGUGCUGUCCAGGUGACUCCCCUGAGCUCGGGCUAUGCUCUUGGAAGCUCCAACUGGAUCAUUCAGUCCCAUUAUGAGAAGGUUUCUUACGUCUCCGGGUCCUCUUUGCUCACCACACAUCCGCAGCCCAUGGACCAAGCAUCUCUCAAAAACAGCGAUGUUCUUAUUCUGACAGGACUCACUCAGAUCCCCACGGCAAACCCAGAUGGCAUGGUGGGGGAGUUCUGCAGCAACCUAGCUUUAACAGUCCGCAAUGGAGGAAAUGUGUUGGUCCCCUGCUAUCCUUCUGGAGUGAUCUACGACCUCCUGGAGUGCCUGUACCAGUACAUCGACUCCGCUGGCCUCUCCAGUGUCCCCUUCUACUUUAUCUCUCCCGUGGCCAACAGUUCACUUGAGUUCUCCCAGAUUUUUGCUGAGUGGCUUUGUCACAACAAACAAAGUAAGGUGUAUCUCCCAGAACCACCUUUUCCUCAUGCGGAGCUCAUUCAGACCAAUAAGCUGAAGCAUUACCCCAGCAUCCACGGAGACUUCAGCAAUGACUUCCGACAGCCAUGUGUGGUAUUCACUGGGCAUCCUUCUCUCCGAUUCGGGGACGUGGUCCACUUCAUGGAGCUCUGGGGAAAAUCUAGUCUCAACACUGUCAUAUUUACAGAACCAGACUUCUCCUACUUGGAAGCACUGGCUCCUUACCAGCCCUUGGCCAUGAAGUGCAUCUACUGCCCCAUUGACACACGGCUGAAUUUCAUCCAGGUGUCCAAGCUCCUGAAAGAAGCGCAGCCCCUGCACGUGGUCUGUCCUGAGCAGUACACCCAGCCACCCCCCACCCAGUCCCACAGGAUGGACCUCAUGAUCGACUGCCAGCCCCCAGCCAUGUCUUACCGGCGAGCGGAGGUCCUUGCUCUGCCCUUCAAACGUCGCUAUGAGAAGAUUGAAAUCAUGCCCGAGCUUGCAGAUUCCCUGGUGCCCAUGGAGAUCAAGCCUGGCAUCUCCCUGGCAACCGUCUCAGCUGUGCUGCACACUAAAGAUAACAAGCACGUGCUUCAGCCCCCGCCCAGGCCGGCCCAGCCCCCUGGUAAGAAGAGAAAACGGGUGAGUGAGGACAUCCCUGACUGCAAAGUGCUGAAGCCCCUGCUGAGCGGCUCCAUCCCUGUGGAGCAGUUUGUGCAGACCCUGGAGAAGCAUGGCUUCAGUGACAUUAAGGUGGAAGACACAGCCAAGGGCCACAUCGUCCUGCUCCAGGAAGCUGAGACGCUCAUCCAGAUUGAAGAAGACUCCACGCACAUCAUCUGUGACAACGAUGAGAUGCUGAGGGUCCGACUGCGGGACCUCGUCCUCAAGUUCCUGCAGAAGUUCUGAGUGGCCAUCCGCAGCUGCGUGUCUGCA